AGGUAUAGAGAAUCUUCUCCUAUGGAGUUAGAUCAAGUUGAGACAUAUAGAACAAUGUCCAAUUAUCAGGGACAAAAGAAAAGUGAGGCUACUAUAGAAUCAAAGAAAUAUGUUACUUGUUAUAAUUGUGAGAAAAAGGGACAUUUUGCCAAAGAAUCUUCUUCUAUUGAAUUUGUAAGAUUAAAAGAAAAUAAAGAGCAGUUGCUUUGCUUUAAUGGAAAAAUUAAUGGAAGAUCUGCUUGGAUUCUCCUUGAUUCUGAAGCUUCAAGAAACUUUGUAGACACAAAGUUUGCUAAAAAACAUCACCUACAAAAGAUUGAUAUGGCUCCAAUUAUUGUGGAACUGGCUGAUGGUCAAAAGAAAGGAGUCAUUACUGAAGUGAAAAUUAAGAAGUUAGAACUUGAGGAAUAUAGGACAUUUGAAAUCAAUGCUCAACUUUUAGACUUGCAGCGAUAUGAUGCUAUAUUGGAAAAACCUUGA